UCUGCUGACUCGGCGUUAUACAAUGGAUGGUGGCCUACUCCUGGUUCUCUGUGUCUUGUCCUUCAUUCUAGGGUUCCUCUCUGUUGCACUGUACGUCAGUUGGCAGCAGGCCUGUCAUGUGAGGAAGCUGUGGACAGAGAGCAGCCCUCAAUGGACACAAGUCGGCUGUCACAAGGUGUUGGCACCCUCUGUUGAGCCACGCCCCCUCCAGUUCAACAGUCAACUCACUGGAGUGAGGAGCAUUGAUGAAGAACUAGAAAAGCUGUUGUCCCUCGGACUACGAGACCUUUUCGAGAGCUGGUAUCACACCCACGUCAGUCCCGACCCAGUGUGUUCCCAAGAAGCCCUAAAACUGGCCCACAAUGUGAUUCAAGAAGUAGCCGCGGCUGGCAGAGAGGUUGACUAUCUGGCCUUCUUCAUAGAGACACUCAUGAAUGAUUUUAUGGAUCACCUGAGGGCGUACAAGGUGGCGUGUGGAACUGCAUCAGUGGGUGUAGUUACAGGUCAAAGUGCAGCAAUAUGGAACGAGGCGGUGGAGACAGAGUUCUUCAAGUGUGAGAGUGGGGAGGACCCGUGGAGGGCCGUCUGCUGUGACAGGGAAGCCAGGAUAGCCUACCUGUAUCGUCUCUCUGAGCUGCUGCUGUGUAUUGUGCUCCCAGAGGACGAGUUCUCUUCUCCGUCCCUCCAGGCCCUCCUCACCGAUGUGUUGGUCUGGAAGGUCUGGACACCAUUGCUCAAGACACUAGCUCUACCAGACAACAUCAACACCACCUUCAUAUCAAUGUGCAAGGAGAGCUCUCUGAACACUGACAGUUUUAUGGCUGCUCUGAGUGAGGGGGCCAACGAGACCGAGGUACGAUCACUCAGGUACAACGUCAACUCUCACAUCUCACACCUGCAGAAGACCGGAGUCACAGAUUAUGAUCGACUGAAGAAAAGUGCUCUGGAAUCAGUUCUGGCCACUGCUAAAGCAGUACUCAGUGCCAAGAGUGUCCCUGCGAAUGUGUCCAGUGAUAGUCUCAUUGCCCUCUCAGCCGCCAUUCCCGACUACACCAUUCAGAGUGAGGGUACCACCAAGCAUUGUGUGUUUCACGUCAACGUCUCCUGCAAACACAGCCAUGUCUCUGUCACUGAGAAGUGGAUCAUUGAUCGUCGCUAUAGAGACUUCCACGACCUCCACCUCUCACUCAGGGCACAGAUUGAUAACUUCCCGGCUAAUCUCGUGCUACCCACUCUUCCCUCGUUCCACAAAUUGGACCCCCAGCGGUUGGACGUGAGACGAAUUCAGCUGGAGGGCUACCUCAAAACUAUCACCUCAGAGGAAUUCCUAUCAGAUCACCUCGACGUGUUGGGUCAGGUCAUCUUGUUCCUGUCAGAAGGAGAGUACGAACGACAGAGCACCGAGCUAAAGAGAAUGGCGAACACUCUCCUCAACCCUCUAAAACGUGUGGCCACAUUGACCCGAGGUGCACUCAAGUCCUCUGGCCAGUCGAGUUCCAAGAUGUCUCCAGUGACAGUCAAGAAGCAGCCAUCAUCAGAGACACCCAAACCACCAGGAGAAGAGGAUGAGGACAGUCUCCCUGUGGACAUCAUGCUUAUUCUCCUCGAUGAACUAUUUGACCUCCGAGCCGACAGUCAGUGGCUACGGCGGCAACUGCCCACCCUCCUCAAACAGUUGGUAGGGGACAAACUCAGUCGGAAAGUGGUCGGGUAUAGUGAUUGGUUCGUAUCCUCGGAGCAAGUGGCAUGUUAUCUGAGGGACUUCCGAGCGACUAUGUGGCCCAACGGACAAUUAGCUCCGUCCAAACCUCAACAGAGUGUAGAGUUGAAAGCCCUGAGGUCAUUAAUGGCAAGGGCUAAACUGAUUGGCAGUAUACCAGAUGAGAUGAAACGGUUUAUCGGGACUGACACUUCCACUAAGGGAAUGGCUAAGUUGUUUGGUAUGUUCCAGAGUGAUGCCCUCAACAUUCGACUGGUCCUAUUGCUACUGGAGGGACUGUUGGACACUCUCUUCCCCAACAGGAACCUCAAGCAGACGUUUCUCAUACUCAGAACUGAGAUAGCAGCCGGCCAGAGAACUGGCUCACUCUCUUAGCUAUUGUAAUCUGUUUUAAUGUGUCGGUACUACUGUACAUGUAUACGUACGUGUCUCAGCUAGUUGAAAUUAAUUUUAUCUUUUAUCUCAUUCUCUGUAUACUUCAAUUCAAUUGAAUGAUGUCAUAAUAAUUAUUAUG